GCUCAGAACCAAAAGGUGCCUACUGCGCUGCAUUCAAGCCAAAAUUGCUGGUUUCCGCACCUGCUGCCAGUACAUCUUGCCCGGACGCGUGCUCGGGGGUGACAGGAGGCCGCCAUGACCGUGAAGGAAGAGGUUGCUGGCCCUUUGCUCCUGGCCACACGGCCGUUCCAGCCCGCAUGGCUGGUCGCCUGCCCGACCACCCGCGCCAUCCUGGGUGUGGAGGCCCAGAAGGCGGCCUCCGUGUACAAGCACCACGAGAGCGUGAAGAAGAGGGCCAAGGGCACGAAGAUCAAGGAGGAGACCAUCAACAAGGUUGGCGACGUGUCUCGCUUGUUGGCCUUUCAGCCGCAGUACAAGGCUCAGCUCAAGGCAAGGCCCGAUGUGGCCCAGGGGGAGCUUGUGCGGGUGACGGACUGGAAGCUGCUGACCCCGGAGAGCUAUGACCGAACUUGCUUUCACAUCGAGGUGGACGUUGCGGGCACCGGCCUGGAGCACUUGGUGAACGGCAGCCAGGGCAAGGCCCUGUCGGUGUACGCCACCAACGAUGCGGAGAAGGUGGACGCCUUCCUGCAGAAGAUGAAUCUCGACCCGAACGAGAUCGUUUCGGUCGAGGAGAUCGCCCCCGGAGACGAGGGCACGGUGGUGCUGACGACGGUGUACAAGCUUUUCACCCAGUACCUGGACCUCUUCGGAAAGCCCAGCCGGGAGUUCCUGAAGAAGCUCUUCCCCUUUGCGGAGGAUGUCCUGGAGAAGGUGGCAAUUGCAGAGCUCACGCUUGACAGGAAGUCCGAGGAGUUCCUGGACCGCCAAGCCCGCGCCUUCACCUUCGCGGACUACAUCCUGGAGUUCCCGUCGUUGAAGAUCCCGGUCAGCAAGUACGCGGAGCUGCUGCCAACCGUCAAGCAGCGAGUGUACUCCAUCUGCUCCUCCAGCGACUACCACCCCGGCAAGUGCCAGCUGCUGGUGGUGCGAGAGGAUUGGCAGGCCAAAGGCGGCGACACCAAGUUUGGUCUCUGCUCCAGCUACCUCACCUUCUUGAGGCCGGGGACUGUGUGCGUGGCGCACGCCACGCACUCCGUGAUGCAGAUCCCAGAGGACAAGAGCGCGCCAGUCUACAUGGCGGGCCUGGGCACUGGCCUGGCACCUUUCAGGGCCUUCAUUGAGCAGCGCAAGCACGAGAAGACCCAGGGCGCCCGGGUUGGGCCCAUGACUCUCUUCUUCGGCGGACGCCACGCCCACGCGGAGUACUACUACAGAGACGAGUUCGAGAAGUUCGAGGCGGAAGGCCUGGUGAAGUGCUGCAACGCUUGGUCCCGCGACCAGAAGCAGAAGGUCUAUGUCCAGCACAAGAUCAUGGAGGAAGCUGACUCGAUCUGGGCGAACUUGGGCCGCGAGGGCUCCAAGGGCUUCUUCUUCCUCUGUGGCUCCAAGCAGCCGGAGAAGGACGUCUUCGCCGCGCUUCUGAAGAUCUUCGAGACCAAGGGCGGCCUCUCCAACCAGGAGGCCCACAAGAAGAUGGAGAGCCUACAGCUGGCAGGUCGGUACGUCACCGAGGUGUACUAGGCGGCCCUUCGGGUUCUGGUUUGGAUGCAGCGGAGAAAGGUGACCAACACCAAAGUUGGGCGGCUGCCGGCUCUUCCGAGACCUUGUCCUUGCCCCGGGCAGCCCCUCAAGUCAUUUUCUGGUUUCGUGGGGAUCAGUCGGCCCCGGC